GCAAGAAGAUGGCAUCUGCAGCUGAACCAUGUUUAUACAUGCAAGUUUCUUUGACAGUUCUAGAUACAUCUUUUAUCUGGUGGAUGAGGAGAGACCCCCUGACUAUGUAAAGCGCUUUGAGUGCCUAGAAAAGUGCUAUAUAAAUAUAUUAGGUUUGGUGAAACACACACCUGCCGAAGCGUCUUCUCUUCUCUUCAUCUCUAUCGCUCGUACUGUAGGAGGCGCUCUGACGACCUUUAGUUCAGCGGGAAAACCAGUGAAGAAAGAAACGCGACUGGACCGGAGCUCUCAAAGGAUGUUGAGCAUGAAAGCGCAGGUGGAUGUGGUCUGCUGUAAAUCAGUAGGAACUGAUCUGUCCAUGCUGGAUAUUGAGGAUUUCAUCACAGAAAUCUGUCAGCUGAAGAAAGAGGUGGCUUCACUGGAGGCAAAGCUGAGAGAAAGAGGAGACAAACUGAACAGAGAGGAUGUGGAGCAGGUUUGGGUGCGUGAGACUGAUGGGACAGAAGCUCAGGAUUCAGUCUGGAGCGUCAGAGAUCAGAGAUCCAGAGACACACAGGACUCAGAGCUCAGCCUCACUUUACUCUGUUAUACUGACGCUCAGGAUCAUGAAUCCACUGAUCAAACCUCUGACUGUAACGCUGGAGAACAGCAGAUGCCGCCGAAGAUGUGCUCCGUCAAACUGGUGGACUGCAGGAACCUGAUCGAGAGCAGAGGAGAAGAAACCACCGCAGAAAAACAACAACAACACACUGAUGAGGAGGGGGAGAAUGGGGAAGAUGAUGAAGAUGGUGAUGAUGAUGAUGGUGACUUUGUUCCUUUAGACAAUGCUGGUUCGUCUUCUGCUGGAGAAACUGCAUCUACAUCCAAAGAGCAAUGCACAGUGACGGACUGUGGAAAGACAUUCAGCAAACACGGUCAUUCAGUGAGACAUAAGAAAAAAGACACAGAACAGAAAGACUUCAUUAGCAAGAGAUGUGACAUCAGUUUUCCGACCUGCAAAGAGAGAACACUUCAUUCAAAAGAGCACAAAGUGAAGGAGUUUCACUGCGAACAGUGCAAGAAGGAUUUUUUCACCACUACUUAUAAUAUGAAAGUUCAUAUGAAGACACAUGAGGAAAGGUCUUUCCAGUGCAAUGAAUGUAACAAGUUUUUCCACAACAAUGGUAAUCUUACUAUUCAUAAGAGGAUCCACACGGGUGAAAAGCCAUACAAGUGCCCUCAAUGUGAGAAGCGCUUUAGACAGGCAUCAAACCUGAAAGACCAUCUAUUUACACACACCAACGAGAGACCGUUUCCGUGCAGUGAAUGUGGCAAGUUGUUCAACACCAAGCAAAAUCUUUCUCGUCAUAAGCGAAUCCACACGGGUGAAAAGCCUUACAAGUGCCCUCACUGCGAGAAGAGCUUCAGCGAGGCAUCUAGUCUGAAGAAACAUGUGCGUUUGCACACCAAUGAGAGACCGUAUCAGUGCACUGAGUGUGGAAAACGUUUUGUGAGCUCAGGUUCUCUGAAUUUUCACAAAAAAAUACACUCUGAUGACAAACCGUUUCAGUGUUCACACUGCGAGAAACGUUUCCGUCAUUUGAGUCACAUGAUAACCCAUGAGCGGACUCACACCGGAGAGAAACCGUACCUGUGCUCCGACUGCGGGAAGAGCUUUACUAGUUCAUUUUCUUUAAAAGUUCAUCAGAGAAUUCACACAGGAGAAAGACCUUAUCCUUGUAGUGAUUGUUCAAAGAGUUUUUAUAGCCAAAGUUACUUAAAAGUGCACCAGAGGACUCAUACAGGAGAAAAACCUUUCAAAUGCUCACUUUGUGAAAAGACUUUUGCUAUAUCAAAUUCCCUGAAGAUCCAUGAACGAAUACAUACAGGAGAGAAACCUUACUGCUGUUCCAUCUGCGGAGAGAGAUUCACUUAUAAAUGGGGUUUACAGACCCACAAGAAGAAACACGCUGCUCCAGAAUCAUCGUAGCUUCAAAAUUUAAGGUUGUGUAAAAAUGUAGUGCCACAGGAACAUUAUUUUUAGGUUUUAGAAAAUAACCCUUAAACUGAAAUGUCUCUUGAAUGUUAUUUACUGGGUAGAAAUAAAUAAUUUGGAUGUAAAA